GGGCGGGACUUCCGCCGUCCUCCUGGUGGUGGUCGUUUUGGUUCUGUCUGGUGUUUCACCAACUUCGGCCUAUGGCUCUGUCUGACGUCACCGAAGUGACGGAACGGAAAAGCGCGAGAAGCGGCUUGGUUCCCACCACGGAGAGGCGGGAGUGAGUCAACUGACAAGCGCUGGGGACAGUGGCGUCCUUGUCUUGCCUUUGUCGCCCCCGCCCCGCUCUUCCCUGGCUGGGCUGGCGGAGGCCUUGCUGAUGAACCUGACUGAGAAUGGAGUUGGGGAAGUCAGCAUAAAGAGCAGAUUUCCGGGAGAAGAUCACAGGUUGGAUUUUGGACAUGGUGAUUCUCAAAUGUCUCAAGAUGGAUAUGUCACACAGACAGGUGGACAUAAAGAAAGGUGCAGACCUGGCAUAACAGGGAUUCUGGAUUGCAUCUGUAAAAAGGGAGGCCUGGACUGGAGUCCCCUGGCGAUGGCAGAAAUGGACCCUACACAGGGCCGUGUGGUCUUUGAGGACGUGGCCAUAUAUUUCUCCCAGGAGGAGUGGGGGCACCUUGAUGAGGCUCAGAGAUUGCUGUACCGUGAUGUGAUGCUGGAGAAUUUGGCCCUUUUGUCCUCACUAGGUUCUUGGCAUGGAGCUGAGGAUGAGGAGGCACCUUCACAGCAAGGUUUUUCUGUAGGAGUGUCAGAGGUUACAACUUCAAAGCCCUGUCUGUCCAGCCAGAAGGUCCACCCUAGUGAGACAUGUGGCCCACCCUUGAAAGACAUUCUGUGCCUGGUUGAGCACAAUGGAAUUCAUCCUGAGCAAGCCAUAUAUAUUUGUGAGGCAGAGCUUUUUCAGCACCCAAAGCAGCAAAUUGGAGAAAAUCUUUCCAGAGGGGGUGAUUGGAUACCUUCAUUUGGGAAGAACCACAGAGUUCACAUGGCAGAGGAGAUCUUCACAUGCAUGGAGGGCUGGAAGGACUUACCAGCCACCUCAUGCCUUCUCCAGCACCAGGGCCCUCAAAGCGAGUGGAAGCCAUACAGGGACACAGAGGACAGAGAAGCCUUUCAGACUGGACAAAAUGAUUACAAAUGUAGUGAAUGUGGGAAAACCUUCACCUGCAGCUAUUCAUUUGUUGAGCACCAGAAAAUCCACACAGGAGAAAGGUCUUAUGAAUGUAACAAAUGUGGGAAAUUCUUUAAGUACAGUGCCAAUUUCAUGAAACAUCAGACAGUUCACACUAGUGAAAGGACUUAUGAAUGCAGAGAAUGUGGAAAAUCCUUUAUGUACAACUACCGACUCAUGAGACAUAAGCGAGUUCACACUGGAGAAAGGCCUUAUGAGUGCAACACAUGUGGGAAAUUCUUUCGGUACAGCUCCACAUUUGUUAGACAUCAGAGAGUUCACACCGGAGAAAGGCCAUAUGAGUGCAGGGAAUGUGGGAAAUUCUUUAUGGACAGCUCCACACUCAUUAAACAUCAGAGAGUUCACACCGGAGAAAGACCUUAUAAGUGCAAUGAUUGUGGGAAAUUUUUUAGGUAUAUCUCCACACUCAUUAGACAUCAGAGAAUUCACACUGGAGAAAGGCCUUAUGAGUGCAGUGUAUGUGGGGAAUUGUUUAGGUACAACUCCAGCCUCGUUAAACAUUGGAGAAAUCACACUGGAGAAAGGCCUUAUAAAUGCAGUGAAUGUGGGAAAUCAUUUAGGUACCACUGCAGGCUCAUUAGACACCAGAGAGUCCACACAGGAGAAAGGCCUUAUGAGUGCAGCGAAUGCGGGAAAUUCUUUCGUUACAACUCCAACCUCAUUAAACAUUGGAGAAAUCACACUGGAGAAAGGCCUUACGAGUGCAGAGAGUGUGGGAAAGCCUUUAGCCACAAGCAUAUACUUGUUGAGCACCAGAAAAUCCACAGUGGAGAAAGACCUUAUGAGUGCAGCGAAUGCCAGAAGGCCUUUAUUAGAAAGUCUCACCUGGUUCAUCACCAGAAAAUCCACAGGGAAGAGAGACUUGUGUGCUCCAUGAAUGUGGGGAAUUCUUUAGCUAAAACUCCAACCUCAUUAAACAUCAGAGAUUUCACAAUGGAGAAAGUUUACCAUUGACUAUUGUAAUUGGGUAGUAAUGUUAUAUAAAUUCCACAUUUUUAUGCAACUAAUCUCCAGAACAUUUUUCCUCUUACCAAAAAGUAAAAUGCUGUACCCAUUAACAACAACUCAUUCCCCUUCCCUACUUCCCCAGAAAUGUCUCAACUAUAUUUCUAUACUCUAUGGUACUUAUAUGAGGUACCAAUAGAUAUCUAUGAAUUUGAUAUCUAUUUGUACCUCAUAUAAGUGGAUUCUACAGUAUUUAUCUUUUGAGACUGGCUUAUUUCACUUAGGAUAAGGUCUUCACGGUUCACCCAUGUUGUAUAAUGUGUCAGAAUAUCCUUCCUUUUUAGGUGAAAUAAUAUUCUCUGGUAUUUAUAUGCCACAUUUAUUUAUCCAUUCAUCUGUUAGUGGAUACUUGGGCUACUUCCACCUUUUGCCUAUUGAAAUAAUGCUGCUAUGAAGAUGAGUGUACAAGUGUCUAUUCAAGAUUCUACUUUCAAUUCCUAUAGGGUAUAUACUCAGAAAUGGUGGUGCUGGAUCAUACAGGAUUUCUUUUUUUUUUUUUUGAGACAGAGUCUUGCUCUGUUACCCAGGCUGGAGUGCAGUGCUGUGAUCUUGGCUCACUGCAAGCUCCACCUCCCAGGUUCAUGCCAUUCUCCUGCCUCACCUUCCCGAGUAGCUGGGACUACAGGUGCCUGCCACCACGCCUGGCUAAUUUUUUUGUAUUUUUAGUAGAGACGGGGUUUCACCGUGUUAGCCAGGAUGGUCCUGAUCUCCUGACCUUGUGAUCUGCCUGCCUUGGCCUCUCAAAGUGCUGGGAUUAUGGGCGUGAGCCACCGCACCUGGCCAGGAUUUCUAUUUUUAAUAUUUUUGGGAAAAUUUUUCCAUAGUUCCUGUGCCAUUUUACAUUCCCACCAGCAGUGCACAAGGAUUGCAAUCUAUAUACAUCCUCACCAACAUUGUUCAUUUUCUAUUUCUGUUUUUGGGGUUUUUUGUAGUGCCUUUUGUUUUGGAUAGCAGCUAUCCUGUUGGAUGUGAGGUGGAAUCUAUAGUGUCUUUCAUUUUUAUUUUGUGAAUGAUUAAUGAUGUUGAGGAUCUUUUCACGUGCUUGUUAGGCAUUUGUGUAUCUGGAAAAAUAUUCAAGUCUUUUUUUCCAUUUUUAAUGGGACUAUUUGCUUUUUGUUGUUGAGUUGUAGUUCUUUAUACAUUCUGGAUAUUAACUCCUUACCAAAUAUAUGCUUUUUACAUAUUACCUCCCAGUCCAUAGGUUGCUUUUUCGCUCUGUUGAUUGUGUCCUUUGAUGAAAUUUUAAAUUUUGAUGUACUGUUGACUCUUUCUGUCUGUGGGUUCUGUAUUCAUGGAUCGAAGCAACCAUGGAUCAAAAGUAUUUGGAGCAUCCAUGGAUUGCAGUGAUCAUUAAUCAAAAAUAUUUGGAAAACAAAAAAGGUAGUUGCAUCUGUACUAAACAUGAACAGACAUUUUUUCUUGUCAUUAUUCCCUAAACCAUAUAGUAUAAUAAAUAUUUACAUAGCAUUUA